AUGGCAAUGAGAAAGGUUGCAGUAUUUCUUGUAAUGAUGGUUGCAGUUUGGGGUGCUGCUUCUGGCUGCAAAGUACAUUUGAUGGACCUGAUGUCCUGCAGGUCCGCGGCGUCUGUCAGUGAACCGACUAGCCCAUCUGCAGCGUGUUGCACCAAGAUUAAGAGUCUAAGUGAUGAUGAUAUUAAAUGUUUGUGUAAAUACAAGUAUAGCAAGAGUGGUAUGUUGACCCUUUUGAGGGUUGAUGCUGAUCGCGCCAUCCAACUUCCUGCUAUCUGUGGCCUUACUCCUGUCAAAUGCUAA